AUGAGACGAGCCGUUGUUUAUGUUAGGCCGGUUGCGGAAGAUCCCCUGAUUAACGAGCCGGCCCUUAAUGACCCUUUUACGGCCCUCUUUGCCGGUCUUAGGGCAGGAUUAGGGGGCCCCAGUAACUGUGCCCUAUCUGAUCCUGCAACCUUUGUCCCUUCCUUCCGAAACACCCAGCCGACACAAAAGCCAAAGACGCCGUUAAAGAGAGUAACUAAACGGCUGCAGGACCGGAGGGAUGUAAGGAGCGUUGUGCUGUCAUUGUCUCAAAGGAGGGACUGUAAGGGUCCUGGUAUUUAUCUCCCUCCUCCUCUCCCUAAAUCUACUUUACAAGGAUUCACCUGCCUCUUUCCUAGGGUUACUCCUUUCUCUAUUUCACCGUUUCCGCAACAGCGCCCCCGUCUUCCUUAG